GGAGGGGUGGUGUAGGGGAUGGAUGUGGCAAUAGUGAGCGGCGCCAUAAACAGUCGCAGCUGAUGGUGACUGUUGGUCCAGCUCCCACCCAAGACUGUCACUCAAUGCUGUCACUGCCUGGACUGUCACACUCGCUGCUGUAACGCCCUGGACUGUGACACUCACCGUUAUUGGGCUGUGCAAGCGGUGAAGAGUGAGGCGGCUCCCCUGACACUCGUGCAGCCAUCAGGAGAAAACCUUCCCUCCUCGCAGACGAUGACCAGUUGACACCAUAGUCACAAUGUUCGAGUCUCUCGUGUCGGAGCUCCUCAACCGGGUCCUUGGCACCUACAUCGAGAACCUCGAUGGCUCUAAGCUCAAGUUGAGUAUCUGGGGAGGGGACGUGGAGUUGCGGGAGCUGGAGGUGAAGCAGAGUGCCCUCGAUGAACUAAAUCUUCCUGUGCGACCAGUCUUCGGCCACAUUGGGUGUUUAACUUUAAAGAUACCCUGGUCCCAGCUGUACACUGCACCAUGGGUGGCAGUAGUGGAGAGGGUGUUAGUUAUUGUGGUGCCCAACACGUCCAUCAAAUAUAAUGCUGAACGUGAAGAAAAGCUCCUGCAGGAGAUUAAGAUGGCCACCCUUCAAAAGGCAGAAAGUGCAAAGCUAAAACUUCAAGAGAUGGAGAAAGGCAGUAAAUCCAAAUCUCAAGACAGCUUUCAGGAGAAGAUGAUUGCCCAAGUUAUUCGCAACAUUCAGGUCUCCAUACGAGACAUCCACAUCAGAUAUGAAGACUCUGUUAGCUGUCAAGGUGCUCCAUUUGCUGCUGGUGUAACGCUACAUGACCUCUCGAUGAAGAGCACAGAUUCAGAUUGGAAGCCAUGCUUAGACACAGAUAAAUUAAUUUAUAAGCUGAAUUGUCUGGAUAGUUUGGCCAUUUACUGGAACCCUAGUGCUGAGCUGCUGUCAGAGGUAAACCAGUCAAAAGAGAUGACAGUCCAGUGCCUUACCAAGCUCAUAGCUGCACAAGAAAAUCUACCUCAGGGAAUGAAAUACAUUAUUGGACCAAUUUGCUCAACAGCAAAACUACAAAUGGACUCAAAACCAGAGGACGAUGACCCAAGCUUUUCUAUUCCUGUGAUUAAUCUUGAUUUUGUCAUGGAUGAGCUGGCAAUAGGACUGAGUCGCCACCAAUACUCAAAUGCAAUGGCGCUUCUUGAGUCAUUUGAUAGAUUGAAGAUAUCCUCAAAGUUCCGCAAGUACCGGCCAGCUUUCAGUAGAAUCAAGGGCAAUGCUCGCGCUUGGUGGCAUUAUGCAUAUGCUUGCCAGCUGGAGAACAUCCAGCGCGUGCACCAGAACUGGUCGUGGAAGCACAUAAAGGAACAUAGAGCUACUUGCCAAAGGUAUAAGGCAGCAUAUAAGGCAAAGCUCAAGAACAAAAGACUCUCUCCACAGCAAAUUCAAGACAUUAAAGAUAGUGAACGCGUACUUGAUGUUUUUAACAUUACUCUUAGCAGACGACAAACUGAAAUGGAGGUGGAGCGCGAGGGAGAGUUGCAGAAACGGGAAAAUGUAAAAAAAGGCUGGUUCAGUGGGUGGUUUUUUGGAAGUACACAAACGACAAAUGAAGAUGUUGCUAAGGAUGAAGGCAAUUUGGUAAAAAAAUUAGAGGCUGAAAUGAAUGAUCAAGAGAAGAAAAAGUUGUAUGAAGCAAUAGGUUACUCUGAGACUGGUCCACCUCCUGAGUUUCCUCCGGAGUUUGUGAAUUUGCGUCUACAGUUCCUGUUGAAACAGCUGGUACUGACCAUUGUUGACGAGAAUGCUGCUGGAGCUAUUGUCACUCAAGCAAAACUCAACCAAGUUGCAUCUGUUGUCCUGAAUAGAUCAGGGGCUGAUGCUUUGAGCGUUAAAGCAAGUGUACAAAGCUUCAUUGUUGAGGGCUUUGGAGUUGAUGGCUUACCUCCCAGAUUAGUGACCUCAGAGAAUGCCACUUCUGACACUCCUCUUCUAGAUGUAAUGUAUGAGACAAAUCCACUAGACAAGUUGUGCAACCAGCGUGUUAAAGUAUCAUCGGAGCCAUUGCAAGUUGUGUAUGAUGCUGCCACCAUCAACCAACUUGCUGAUGUUUUUGCCCCACCUAAAAAUGUGUCCCUUCAGCAACUACAGGCUUCAGCACUGAACCAGUUGGAGGUUGUAAAGGAAAGGAGUGUGACGGGGCUGCAGGCUGCCAUAGAUAACCACAGUGUCCUUGACCUAAAUGUUGCCUUUGCUGCCUCGCACAUCAUUAUUCCAGAAGGAGGCUCAUAUUUCGAAGGUUGUUCAGCCCUUGUUGUAACUUUGGGUAGCCUGCUGAUGAAGAGUGUUGCCCAGGCCAAAGACAGCCUGGCAUUGACUGAUUUGGUGUCCCUCGGACACAGCCAGGAAGAAGUCAUGCAGGCAGUCAGGUCUUCUUCCUACGACCAUUUUACUAUUGAACUUGUAGAUAUCCAGGUGAUUGUGUGCUUGAGCAAUGAGGAUUGGAGUUCAACUCUGCAGUGUCAUGAAGCCACACCGCUCCACCUCCUGCAACCCACAAACCUUCGUGUUGACCUGUUCAAAUGCCUCUUGACUAAUGAGCCCAACCUUGCCAAAGUGAAGAUAACUGUGUCCUUACCAAAUGUGGUGCUGUCUGUUAUUGAUGAAAGAUUGCUACAAUUGGCCUACAUUGCCCAUAGUAUUCCUGUUGUCCAGAAGGAGGUGGCAGCUGAAGAGACCACACACUUUGGUCAGGAAACCGACGUGAAUAUGAACAUGAUCACUGAGGAUGUUGCACUGGCUCGGCUGGAGCGUGCUGAACUCAACCUAAGUGGUGAACAGCAAGAUACCCCUCAGUUUACCAACCUGGCUCUCACCUUUACUAUCAAUGAAAUAAGCAUAGAAUUGAAAAAGGCUUCUGGUAAAAUUCACCAACCAUUAAUGAAAGUUGCUGCUCUCUCGGCUAGUGUGGAACUUGUACAACGUACAUUUGACUUAACUGCUGCUAUUAUCCUUGGAGGAGUUUUGGUUCAGCACAUGGAGGGUGGUGAACGCCGACUGCUGAGUACACCACUUGUUGAAGGCAGUUCCCAAGCACUUCUCACAAUCAAAUUCAUGCAGGUAAAUCCCAAAAGCCCAGACUUUGAGAGCAAGCAUGCUUCAACAGCCCAGCAUCUGUGUGUUGAGGUGAGUAACAUGAAAGCCCAGCUGGAGCAGUCAGCAAUACUUAGCAUAUUGGCAUUUGUAGAGCAACUCAACUACAAGUUGUCUCAGCUCAGCCCAUCUGCUAAGACACCAACAGAGGAGUUACAGACACCAUCUGCUGAGACACCAACAGAGGAGAUACACACACAAUCAUCUCUUCACAAGUCUCUUGAUGGUCAAGAUGAGAAGCAAAAUGGAAAAAUAAUGGACAAGUUUGAUGCUAAAACUUCAGCCAUGCACAAGAAAAACAUGUCAGAAGUGAUCACACUGAAGAUCGUGGCCAAAUUAGGACAAGUGAGCGUGAUAAUUGGCCUACGGACACGAGAAGUUGCUCAGGUGGACGUGGCAGGAUUGGUAGUAAAUGUUGUGAUGAAAGGCAAAAAUAUUAUCAUCACUUCUCAACUCAAAAACUUCACCGUCAUUGACCCAUGGUCUGCAGCCCUCCAUCCCAAGAUUGUGGAGGUCAUUGGGAUGGAUGCUUGGGAUGCCCAAGUGUCAGUUUAUGGCCAAGCAACAGAGGGUGAGCAGUAUCUCAAUAUGACGUGUGUGGACACCAGCAUUUCUCUCACAUUUGGCUGUGCUCGCAUCGUAUUUUUGAGCAAGUUUGUCACAGAUGUAUUGAAUUGGGUUAACAAGUUCCAGUCUGCAAAGGCAGCUGUAGCAUCAGCAAGUGUAGCUGCUGCAGCGGCUGCUCAGGCCACUUUACAUGAAGCAUACAAGCAGUGUUCACGCAUCAGCCUCUCCCUCACCCUCAGGGCCCCAUUGAUCCUUAUUCCUCAAGACUCGAGCAGUCUGUCAGGACUAAUGGCUGACUUGGGACAAAUCACUAUCAACAACAAAUUUGAGAUGGGUCAGGAAAGGAAUGAAUUGGGCUACCCAGCUAUUUAUGAUAUGAUCAAUUUGGAACUUCACAAUGUCAAAUUAUCCAGAGUGCAACUUACAGCUGAUGGAUCAAUGGAACAAGAGUAUGAGCUGCUGCAACCCAUCUCGCUCAAGAUCACCAUCUGCCGGAAUCUCACCAUCUCUUGGCACAAGCAACGCCCAGAAGUAGAGGUUCAAGCUAAGGUUGCACCCAUUAAGAUAAGUUUGAGUGAAGAGGAUCUGCUAGUGACUUUGACAGUACUGCAAGACAACCUUGGGGAGCAGGCUACUGCUACUUCGGUUGAAGACUUGACUACAUCAGAAACCUCUGGGAAGUUGAUGAGGGAAAAGGAUGUAGAGAGUGUACUUGCUGAACAUGGCCAUAUUUUUACCAAGAUCAAGUUUUCCUUCACUGUUGAAGCUGUGACAUUGGAAUUACUCACAGGAUGCAGUAGUGAUCCUGAGACAGUCUAUGCAUCUAGUGAUUCAAGCAAUGGAAAAUCUGUGUCAAAAUCAAGUGAGCCGGCCAUUGGCGAGUCUUGUGCACAACAUCCUGACAGUGUUGCUGCAUCAAGUCUUGCAAAUGUUACUCAACAAGAAACCAAAAAACCAUAUGCAUCAACCUCGCAGGAUUUUUCUACAUCGUCGAAUGAUGGAUUAAACACACGGAGACCGUCGUCAAAGUUGGGAUGCAAAAUAAUGGCAGCAAGAAGAGCCCUGGCAGAGGUCAGUUUGCAGGUGGUUAGGAUCAAAGGGAAUAUGAUGUCUGAUGGGUCGCUGGCUGCCAAUCUUGUCCUCUUUGACUGUAUCUUGCAAGAUACAAGACCAGAUCAAGAGGGGUUCAUCACUCGGAUGAUGGAGAGGAAGGAACGGAGUGGUGAGCGUGGAAUGAUGGACCUAACGUAUCGUCAAGAAAUCUCCAAAGAUAUAUACGUGGAUCUGCGCAUCUCUGGGUUUGUACUUGUGCUGCAUCUGCCAUACUUGUUGAGACUCCAGCAUUUCUUCACUGAUAACCUACCUCAGCAGGCUCCAGUGCCUUCCCAGCCAACCAAACCUAAAGACAUUAUCAAACCAAAGAGUGACUCGAGUGUUGACGGCGAUGGACGGCCUCGUGGUAUAAUGACUAUACGUGUGAAGGUUGAGCAGCCAGAUAUCACAGUGGUUGAGGAUGUGUCGUCCCUUGACACCUCUUGUAUUAUCCUUCAUGCUGAAGUAAACAGUGACAUUAAGCAAACACCAGUGUCUCAGAAUAUCAGUGCCAGUAUUGCUAACCUUCAGAUGUACACGUGCUGCUAUAAUCCCCAAAAGAGGCAGAAGACGCUUUCACAGAUCCUGAGUCGAUGUGAAUUGUCACUUUUGUGUAGUGUAACCCCCAGCCAUGCAGAGCACAUUGAUCUCAAGAUGAGCCAAGUUGAUCUACGAGUGUCUCCUGGAACCAUAGAAUUAUUAAGUAGCAUUGGUACAGCACUAUCAAGCUUAGAAACAACUACAGAGGAGGUAACAGAGGAAGAACAGAAUUGGUGUGGGAUAUGGGAGACCAAACCCCUCAAUCCUACCGAGUUUUCUUUCUUGGAAGUAGAGAAUGCAGUAGAGGCUAUUUGCAGAGAGGAAAAAGAAUUAGCCUCUCCAAUAUGUGCUGGCUCUGGUGGGGAGAUUGCUAUGAUUAUGAUGGAAUGUUUGCUUGUGACACUGGAGGCUGGAUCUCUUACCUCACCCAUUCCACUCAUCAAACUUCAGGCCAGUGUCUCUGCAAGUGCCACAGGCUUUCGUUCUCAGAAGAUGCAUUUGAAUGGAGAAUUAAGCUCAGAACUCGCCUAUUACAAUCCGCGGUUGGCAGUGUGGGAACCAUUGCUGGAGCCAGUGGAAGGUGCUGAAAAACUAGGUGCUCCUGAACACAUACCUUGGACAUUACAAUUUGAGCUGAUUAAAGAUAUGUGUGUGAAUACAUCCCGGGCACCAUCCAUUGCAAGUCCAGUUGCAUAUCCAGAUGUAGAGGAAGCUGAAGAAUUUGAAGAAAUACCAAAUGAGGAACCUGUUUGUUCUAUAUCUGUGACAGUUAAGGAUCCACUAGAGCUGACAGUGACCAAAACUUUCAUGGAAGUCUUAAAAUCUCUCUCUGAAGCUUUCUCCGAAGCAUACAAAAGAACUGUGACUGGAACCAAGAGCCCCUGUGCACCAUAUCGCAUCAUUAACCGCACCGGGGUGCACAUCAUUGCAGCCAUCAUGCAAUCAGGUUUUCAGGUUGCAGCAGCAGGUGGAGAUGAAGUAGAGCAAGUAACAGUUGAAUCUGGGGCUGAAGUGGAUCUUUUUGAUGUAAAGCCUUUGACACCUAAACACAAGAGAGUGGCAUCACUUGUGGCAGAGUGCCAGACAAUUCAGGAUCGAAACAUUCUCAUUAAGAUUCCAAGUUUAAACUGCAAGUGUUUGAUUCCUGUUGCCCGAGCUGAUAAACGCUAUUUUGAAGUUGAUCACGAGAGUGGGGAUAAGUUGGGUCUGGUCGCCAACAUAUCUGUAGAGAAUGGUUGCAAGAUCAUCACGCUCAGUUCUUGUGUGCAGGUGACCAACUACUUGGAUGUGACAGUCGAUGUCUACUACAUGACGGACAGAGGAAAUGAAGUGGAGUUUGUGUUAUCACUGGAACAGGACGAGUGUGCCAUGCUCCCACUUCAUGCUGUACACACUCCCACUGCUGAACUCUUCUUUUCUGUUAAAGGGCAUUCGGUGUGUAUUGUACCAUUUGUUUGGCGUGGACUUCAAAAUGUGCCUGGGCAUGUCCAGGAACUCCAAUGUCUACCCAGAGAUGUCCAUGAAGUGCAUGCUACACCAUUCCUGAUAUCAGCCACUGGAGAUGUAGAGCAAAUUUUAUGGAAUAACACAGGUCGACGCACCAUGAAGAGUGCACUCUACAAGGUUCAGCUGCGGCCAUGCUUGGUACUGCACAAUCUUCUCCCAGUACCCAUCUCGCUGGAACCUCCUGGCACCAUCUCCUCUCGAGUCCUUAUGCCUGGCUCAUGUUUACAGCUGACAAAGGCUCGGCUAGGCUCCAUGUACUUGGAACUGCAGUUACUUGAUUACCAGUCCAGGGACUGGGUGUGUGGUAAAGCUGUUGAAUCCAACCCUCCGGAGUUAAGUGUGUGGACAUUUGAGUCAAGGGGCGAUAUCAUGGGUGGGCCUCUUCACUUGGACCUUGGUAUGCUUGUUGCCAAGUCCAAGGCAAGUCUCUCCCUCAGCCUCUACUGCCCUUUCUGGAUGGUUAACAAGACUGGACUUAUGUUAACAUAUAGGAAGUCUCGUAAAAUAGAGCGAACAUCAUCCACCUCUUCUACGGACUCUACCAGUAGUCCACUCAAGGGUGACACCCCACACAACAUUGUGGUUCAUGAGGAGGAUAGCAAGGAGGCUAUGCUCUUCUCCUUCAAAUCAAAGGUAUUUUUUGGCAAGAAAAAGGCCACAGUGAAAGUGAUGGAUAGUGAAUGGUCUGAAAAGUUCUCCUUGGAUGUUGUGGGGAGUUCAGGAUCCAUUACAUGCAAAGCACCAAACAAGAAUUAUCAGCUUGGUGUGGACAUCAAACUUGGAAGAUCUGGUCUGACAAAAAUUGUAAUGUUCUCACCUUUCUACAAAAUUCUUAAUAAAGCUCCAUUUGAUCUUGAAGUUGUUGAAGUUGGAGUUGCACAAGCCGAGUGGUUCACAGUCCUUGCAGGCGAGUGCAUUGGAUGGUGGCCAAUAGGGAAUGGACGAGAGAUAAGUGUACGUGUGCGGGGCACCAUGGAUGCCACAUGUGCACUCCAAUAUGACUGCCCACACUCAAAACUGCUGGCACUACCCAACAAGUGUGGAGGAGUUGUGGGAGAAGUGAGUGUUACUGAAGGUGGGGUGUUAGUCAAGCUGGACAAGUUCUUCCAGGGGGCUGCCACAGCUCUCAUCAUCAACCAGUUAACAAACACAACUAUCUCAUUUUGGCAAGAUGGAUUUGAAGCCAGCAAGAUGUUGCUACAACCCCAGACCAUUCAGCUAUUUACUUGGAGUGAUUCAAGAGGGGCACUUAAGGUGUUUUGGGCUUGUGGAUCAGGAAAACCAGUUGAGCACACUCUGGAUCAGGACAACCGAGGCCAGAUGAUGAAUGACACAAUCAAUUGGGUGGUGUUCCUCAACAAUAGUCAACGCUGUCUCCUUUUUACUGAUGACUCAAGUAUUGCUAAAAAUGCACUUACUGCUGUGGAGUUGGAACGUUUUGAGCUGGAUAUUGGACUCUCCUUCAGCAGUAUUGGGCUAUCCUUGGUGGAUGACAUAAAGAGGAAGGAGGUGGUGUAUGCCAGCCUUGCCAGCUCCGGAGUUGUGUGGGAGCACCGUAAAGUUAAAGGCAAAAAACAUCGAGCUUUCACACAUGCUCAGACAGAAGUUAUAGAGAAGGCUUACCAAUUAUUUCAGAAUCAGAUUAAAGCAAUAUCUGAUGUGUCUGCUGUCCAGAGCUGUUUUGAUUUGAAUAAAACCUUGGAGGUUGACUUUGCUACCAUGACUUGCAACAAGCCUUUCAAGCGAAAAAUUCGUCGAACAUUCCAGCCAGGCAUUUGGUUCCAGAUGAAAACAUCUUCUCAUCAGAAGCAGAUUCACCUCAAAAUUAACAGUGUGCAAAUUGACAACCAGAUGACUGAUGUGAUGUUUCCAGUUGUCCUGGCUCGAGUUCCGACCUCCCGAAGUGUUAUGGCCGAGACUGUUGCCAAACCAUUCUGUGAAGUAAGCAUCGUUCAGAGAAUGACAUCUCCACUGUUUACACAGUUCAAGUACCUGGCAGUUCUCAUACAAGAAUUCCACGUGAAAGUCGAGUUGCCAUUUGUAUUUGCUGUCUUAGAAGUGUUGUUCCCCGCAGCUGAUGAGUCUCCUGAUCUUUACUCACCGGAGAAAUAUGAAUAUGAUGCUGGUAUCGUCCAUGAAGCUUUAACAACAACAGUGAAGAAUCAGUCCUCUGGAGGGCAGAGAGAUUUCUUUGAUCACCUUCAUCUCUCACCAAUUAAGAUGCACCUGAGUUUCUCACUGACUGGGCUGGAAUCUGGUGCGAGCAUGCCGGUGGGCGGACAGGUGAUUCACCUCUUCUUGCAGAGUGUUGGGGUCACCCUCACUGAGGUUCAGGAUGUUGUCUUCAGACUGGCAUACAUGGAGCGUCUCAACCACUGGAUGAGUUGGAAUCAGCUGGUACAAGAAAUGAUAAUUCACUACCGUGGACAAGUGAUCAAACAGCUUUAUGUUCUUGUGCUUGGUCUUGAUGUGAUUGGCAACCCCUUUGGUCUGGUGGUGGGAUUGACAAAAGGAGUUGAAGAUUUAUUUUAUGAACCAAUACAGGGAGCAAUUGAAGGUCCUGGAGAGUUUGCUGAGGGAGUGUUGCUUGGUGUGACCAGUUUUAUGGGUAAAACUGUUGGUGGUGCAGCUGGUGCUGUCUCCCGUAUCACAGGAACCAUUGGGAAAGGCGUAGCAGCCCUGACUCUUGAUGAAGAUUACCAGAAAAGACGACGGGAAGCAAUGCAUCGCAAGCCAGCUGAUGGUAUAGAGAGUCUGGCUAGAGGAGGAAAAGGCAUUGUUACAGGAGUUGUUGAUGGUGUGACAGGAGUUUUCUUAAAACCAAUUGAUGGAGCCAAGGAAGAAGGUGUGGAGGGGUUCUUCAAGGGGGUAGGCAAAGGAGUUGUGGGCCUGGUUACUCGUCCAGCCUCUGGAGUCAUAGAUUUUGCCAGUGGAUCUUUUGAUGCAGUUAUGAGAGCCACAGAUGCCACUGAAGAGAUAGAGCGUUAUCGUCCAACUAGAUUGAUCGACUCUGAUGGGGUUGUCCGACCAUAUGUAAAACGGUUUGCCCAGGGAGCUAGAAUGCUACUGGAGUUAGAGAAAGGACGGUAUGCAAAAACAGAUUUAUAUAUUGCUCAUGCUUACAUUACUGCCAGCAAGUCUCUACUGAUUGCUACAAACCAGCGAAUUAUGCAAGUUUCCCGCAAUGAUAUUAUGGGGCACCUUAAGGUUGAUUGGGUGCACACGUAUGAUGAGCUGUCAGAGCCUCCCGUUCUCACUCCCAAAGGCUUACGUCUUUCAGUAAAACAGGAAAAGAGGAGAGUUCUAGGAAUGUUUGGUGGUGGUGAUAACUCAAAAUUAGUACAUAUAAAUUGCCUAGAACAAGCAGAGUGGUUCCUGUCCGCACUGAAGAAAGUCUACUAGAAGUCAGUAAAACUAUAUCACUAUUCUCUUACUCAAGACAAGCUGACAUCAGGCAGAUACUGUACAUCUAGUUGUGAUAAAGCACGACUAUAAAAUUGAAGCUAUACAGAGAAAACUAUGACUCUCAAGUGCAUGCACACAAACUAUAGAUGCACAAGCAGAACAGAUCUGUCAACACUAUUAGAACAACUCCUCUGUGAACUCAAGACUAGUGUAAUUAAAAGUUAAAUGUGUGGUUCAAAAGAAAAUGACCAGGCAUGAAGAAAUGAACCAUAUCUUGGGAGUGUAUGAAAGUUUUGCCAUGUGAUAUACUUAAAGACUAGAUGUUAAGUAGUGGAAAAAGAAACUGGAUGGUUCUUCAUUUGCAGUUUCAUGAAUAAUGACCAAGCAGUAAAUCUUAAGUCUUAUAUAAGGUGUGGCGAGUGGCUAACACUCGACACUUUUGUUGCAAAUUUCAUACAACUGGCAAUCAUUGCCAUCAUCCUAAUUAUUUCUGUUCUUGCUUAAAGCCUUGAAAUGUGCCGUCCUAAAGUAGACGUUACAUCCAGGUGACUGGAAUUAUGCACAAGUUAGCAUGUCAACACAGCCCAUCCUCCUGAGGUUUACCAACGUCAGAAACUGUUGUACUAAAGUGCCCUAUCCUAACCUAACAGAGGACCCAAAACAGAAAACUGGACAGUGUCAAUUUUGUGUGCCGCUACCAUGUUCUAGUACGACAAUUUUUGGCCCCUGGGUAGAAUACAUGUCCAAAAUACGACGUCCUGUUAGGAGGACGGGUUAUGCCCAUUCAAUUUAUUCUCCAACUGACUUGCCGGUAAUUUUAUAAUCUUUACACAAAAACUACAAGUACUGUACACUUUUGACAUAUAACUGCUUUUAACACGUGAGUCACAUAUGAGUAAGAAUAUUCAGCUAUUACAUUUAUCCAAAAAUGUGCUUAUUCAGGCUUAUUCAUUAGUUACAAAUAAUAAAAAAAAAUUACAAUGAUUCUUUCCUUUGUACUGUGUGCUUAACAUUGUAAAUGGAAAGUAUUUAAGUCUACACAGUAAUGCAAAAUAUUUCACUUAGUCAUGUGUUUGAGAGAUUUAACGAGGCAAUGUUGGUGGUAGUAAGGCUAGAGAAUUAUGUACAUUUUGUGAUGACUUGCCUUAUGUGUCCAAAACAGUAUUUUUGGUUUCCUUGAAGUCAAUAAAAUAUUAAUCGCUGU